UGUUUGUCCUCUCGUAAAUAUGACCAAAAAGAAGAAAAAUUCUCUUACUCCUCUAAACAACGACAAUAAUGCUCCAUGUAGGCACUACUAGGCCAUCAACAACUGUCAAAACCACAAGAAAAUCACGACUCAUCAUAAGUUAUACGACAUCCAUAUUUCAUACAAACCAUAUACUUAUAUAGUAGUAUAAAACUCUGUUAAUUCCAUUUUUCCUACUACAUAAACAUACAUAAACUUGUAUUCUAAGAAACAAUUUCAAGUGCAAUAUAAUGGAAAGUCAUAUUAGUAAGAGCAAAAAUAGAUGGAUAGCAACAGCUGCUAGUAUAUGGAUACAAGCAAUAAUUGGUGCUUCCUACACUUUCAGCAUAUAUUCACCUAUACUAAAAUCCUCACAAUCCUAUGAUCAAUCCACCCUUGACACUGUCUCGGUGUUCAAAGAUAUUGGCUCUAACGCCGGUGUUUUAUCCGGCCUCCUCUACACCGCCGUCUCCUCAGGGCACAACCGAUAUGGUGUGCCGUGGGUGGUUCAUGUGGUGGGGGCUGUCGAGGGAUUCUUGGGUUACUUCUUCAUUUGGCUAGCUGUGGUUGGACUCAUACCUCCACUGCCUGUGCCUCUUAUGUGUGUUUUUAUGUUCCUUGCUGCUCAUUCUCAAACGUACUUCAAUACUUGGAAUGUUGUAACUUGCGUCCAGAAUUUCCCUGACUAUAGUGGGACUGUGGUAGGGCUUAUGAAGGGUUUUCUAGGACUAAGUGGAGCAAUCUUAAUCCAAGUAUAUAAAGCCUUUUUCAAGGGAAAUCCAAGCACAUACAUACUUAUGCUUGCAUUAUUACCAAGUAUAGUAUCAUUAUCAUUAAUGUAUUUGGUGACACUAUGCCCUGAUAAAACAUCAGAGGACAAAAACCACCUUAAUGCUAUGUCCAUAGUUUCAAUACUUCUUGCUGCAUAUCUUAUGAUCAUCCUCAUUCUAGAAGACAUUAUUGUCUUCCCUGAAUGGGCACGCCUCCUCACAUUUCUAACUCUCCUACUCUUCCUCUCGUUACCUCUAAAAAUCGCUUCAGAAGCUAAAAACAAAGAAAAACCUCAUCCAAUCGAAAAAUCCGAACCAUUAUUACUCUACGAUGAAUAUGGUGAUUUAGACGAUGAGCCAUCUCAGGAAAGUAUGAAUCUCAUGGAAGCUGCGAAAAGCUUAAACUUCUGGCUACUCUUUGUUACUAUGUUAUGUGGGAUGGGAUCAGGGCUCGCAACCAUUAACAAUAUGAGCCAGUUAGGCCAAUCACUCGGGUAUAACACGAGUAAGGUCAACACGUUGGUUUCAUUAUGGUCGAUAUGGAAUUUCUUUGGUCGUUUUGGAGCAGGUUACAUAUCGGAUUUCUUACUACGUCAAAAAGGAUUGUCAAGGCCGUUUGUGAUGGCAAUCGCACUAGCAGCUAUGACAGUAGGACAUGUGAUAAUUGGUACCGGGUUUGUUGGAAAUUUGUACAUAGGAACAAUCUUGGUAGGGAUAUGUUAUGGAGCACAAUGGAGUUUAAUGCCUACUAUAACUUCAGAAAUUUUCGGUGUUUUGCAUAUGGGAACUAUCUAUAAUGCAAUUGCAAUAGCAAAUCCGUUGGGAACUUAUGUUUUAUCUGUUUGGGUAAUUGGGCAUAUAUAUGAUAAAGAAGCAGGGGAAGGUCAUAAUUCUUGUUUUGGGGUUCAUUGCUUUAUGCUGUCCUUUUUUAUCUUGGCUUUUGUUAGUUUUAUGGGCUUUCUUGUUGCCCUUAUAUUGUUCUUCAGAACAAGAGUGUUUUAUAGGUGUGUUGUGCUAAGAAGAUUGUGUUAUUCUCUAAAAAGGUAGGGGAAGUUUGUUAAGGACUCACAAAUUCAAUACGCAUUAUUUGUAUGAUAGUGUUUUUUUUUAUUGUUGAA